AGGAAAGGAACAAAUCUACAAAAAAAGAAUCCAAAAAAGAUUUUGAAAAAAAAAUUAAUAAUUUAUUACAAUCUAAAAAUUUAUUCAAAAUCAAUGUUAAUUUGAUAUUAUGUAGUAAUUUGGCUAAUACUAUUCAACUAAUGUUUUUAAGAAAUAUACUUCCCGAAAAUACCACUACUGAGGUAACCAAUAUAUUGGAUAAAAUUAACCAAAGAAGAUCAAAGGAAAAUUAUUAUAUAGGAAGUUGGGGAAAGAGUUCUUCUUUUCUAUUUAAAACUAAUGACACUAUUUUUAAUGAAUUAUCUUCUCAAUUUAUUAAAAUUAUUAAUUUAUUAAAAAAUUAUGUUUUGGAAAUAUUGAAAUUUGGAAAUAACAAGAUGAGGAAAUUCUUAGAAAAAUACAAUAGUAGUGAUUUUUUAUCAAUUUAUCCGACAGUGUGUUUUAAUUUUUUGGAUAAAUCUGUAGAUGAAAAUAGAAUUCUACAUAUUCAUCCGGAUAAGGAAGACACUGGAACUAGUCUAAUUUUUUACUUUGGAAAGUUUAAAGGUGGAGCAAUCUCAUUUCCUGAAUUAAAUUUUAAGCUUAUGGUUCAAUCAGCAGAUGUUUUAUUGUUUGAUGGUAAGAAUAAUUUACAUGCUGUUGAAUCACUUCAUGGUAAAGAUGAUGUUAGAUAUUCCGUUGUAUUCUUUGCUCAUAAAGCAGACUUGGGUAAAACUAGUUAUCCCAUGAAUAGAGGAGAAGUUAUGAAAGGUAUUAAGAAUAAAAUCAAUAAUUAAAUUUUAAAUAAUUAUUU